AUCGAAUCACUGCAUUGAAUAUAGUCACGUAAUAUUAUUUAUCCUUCACGUUGACACACGUCUUAUACGUUCUUGUACCUCUUUUGUAUAUUUUCGUGGUUUAAAAGCCAUUCAUCUGACGUGUAGUCUCUAUUUUUUUAUUCUUUACUGUUAAAUUAUUUUAUUUUAUUAAUUGUAAAAUAUAAAAAAUGGCUGAAAAUACUAGUCCCAUUAAAUAUUUUUUAUGUGGAGGAGUUGGAGGUAUUUUUACAGUAGUGACAGGCCAUCCACUUGAUACAAUUAAGGUUCGUCUUCAAGCAGUAUCAAUUGGUCCAAAUGGAUUACCAACAUACAGUGGAACUUGGGACUGUACAAAAAAGACUUUUAUCAAUGAAGGCUUUCGUGGCUUUUACAAAGGCAUGGGAGCACCUCUUUGCGGUGUAGCUCCAAUUUUUGCUAUGAGUUUUUUAGGUUUUGGAAUUGGUAAAAAGUUGCAACAAAAAACAGGCAAUGAAAAGUUAUCAGCAAUAAAACUAUUUAACGCAGGAGCAUUCAGUGGUGUUUGGACAACAAUUAUAACAGCUCCUGGUGAACGAAUUAAAUGUUUGUUACAAAUUCAACAUGGACGAGAAACUACUAAAUACAAUGGUCCAAUUGACUGUUUCAAACAAUUAUAUAAAACCGGAGGAAUACGGAGUAUUUAUAAAGGAACAGCAGCUACACUUUUAAGAGAUGUACAUGGUAGUGGAGUUUACUUUAUGACUUACGAAUUAUUAAAAGACUGGUUGGCUACAUCAGACCAAAAAUUAAGCAUAUUAGCAUCCAUUUUUGCGGGUGGAUCUGCAGGCAUUGCCUACUGGGCUGUUGGAAUGCCUGCAGAUGUAAUUAAAAGCCGAUUACAAACUGCACCCGAAGGAACAUAUAAAAAUAUUGGGGAUGUUUUUAAACAAUUGGUACGUGAAGAAGGACCUCGUGGCCUUUAUAAAGGAGUUAUUCCUGUGAUGUUACGAGCAUUUCCAGCAAAUGCCGCUUGUUUUGUUGGAUUUGAACUUGCCUUGAAAGUACUUAAUUGGGCAGUUCCAAAUUUAUAACAUUUUUAAAAAAUAUUUUAUAAAAUAUUUAUCUCUUCAUUUUAAUCUAUAAUCUAUUGUAUAUAUUGCACAGUGAUUAUAUUUUUUAGAAAUAUGUUUUAC